AUGAAUAUCUCAAACAUAAUCAACUAUAUAUUAUAUCCCCACAUUAGGAGAAAGUUGGUAAACCACCCCACCCCACCCCACCCCCACCCCCACCCCCAACCCCAACCCCUUAUACCCCACCCUAUAUAAACCCCACAACCAAAUCCAAACUCUCCAUCACAAAAAAACAAAAACAAAACUACAAACUUUCUCAUACAAAAACCUCAAGAAAUGGCACACCAACACAUCUCAAUGGGCUUCGCCGUGACUCUUCUCGCCGCCGCCCUCUCCGCCGGCGUGGCGACGGCGCAAUCGAGCGACUGCACAAACGUCCUCAUCAGCAUGUCGCCGUGCCUCAACUACAUCUCCGGCAACUCCUCCUCCCCCUCCGCGGGGUGCUGCUCGCAGCUGCGCACGGUGGUGGGAUCGCAGCCGGAGUGCCUCUGCGAGGUCCUCAACGGCGGCGGCUCCAACCUCGGCCUCAACAUCAAUCAAACUCAGGCUCUGGCAUUGCCCGCCGCCUGCACUGUCCAAACUCCGCCUCUCGCCCGAUGCAACGCUGCUUCUCCGGCUGGCUCUCCCGGCUCAGCACCGGACUCUCCCAACACCAACUCAGGAGAGGGAUCUAAGACAGUGCCAAAUGGUGAUGAUGGUUUCUCAGAUGCAAGUUCAAAUAAGUUGGGUGUUACAGCUUUGUUUUGCCUUCUCUUCGUAGCAUCCUAUCUCAACAUGGCUUGAUUCUUCUUCAUUCAUCAUUUAUACUUACCAAUAUUGUAUGCCAAUUUUUGUUUCUGUAUUUUUGAGUAGUGAUGGUCAGCUAUUAUAUUGUUUAUUCCAUUUUGACAUGACCUAUUUUUUGGGGUCUCAUUAUGAUUUUGUACCAUGCUUGAAGAAGAGACUAUUGCCAGUUUCUUCUCUUCCAAAUAAAAUCUGUUCGUUUUGCUCUGUUUAA